CUGGCGCGCGGGGCCCUCCCGGGGCCGGGUGUCCAGCCUCCCGGCGCUUGUCCCGGCCGUGGGACAGGCCGGGUUCCGUCCCUGCCCCGACGAGUGGGCCCAGCGCCAGCGCUGGGGUCGUCCGAAACAAUUUCCGGACGCCGGUCCCGGAAAGUCGGCUUUUAGGGGCCGCGGCAUCGGCGCUUUUUGCCUCUGCCACUGUCAGCGCGUGCCUUUGUGGACACCUGGGGGCCGAGGGAGCCCCCGAGAGGCGAAAAUCCGGACACAGUGAGAAGGGAGCCUUGGCCCUGGCCAAACCCCUUCCCCGCGGGUUAAGGUGGGCACCCGGUGAGCUCAGGGAUGAGCCCCGACAGACCCACCUACUGGCGGUGCCCGAUGCGUGCUGGUGGCUCCGGCUGGGGAACUUGUGGCGGAGGUGGACAUCACCCCUCUCGACCAAGCUAGGCAGGUGGCCUCCUCCCCUCUGCUCUCCAGAUAACAUGUCUGUUCCGGGAUCCUAUCAGGCGGCCGCGGGGCCUUCCUCAGUGCCGUCCGCACCCCCGUCCUAUGAAGAGACAGUGGCGGUUAACAGUUACUUCCCCGUGCCUCCUGCACCUGUGCCAGGGCCGACCACGGGGCUGGUGACGGGCCCAGACGGGAAGGGCAUGAAUCCCCCCGCGUACUACACCCAGCCAGUGCCCGUCCCCAACGCCAACGCAAUUGCUGUGCAGACCGUCUACGUGCAGCAGCCAGUGUCCUUUUUCGACCGUCCAGUCCAGAUGUGCUGUCCUUCGUGCAACAAGAUGAUCGUGACCCAGCUGUCCUAUAACGCCGGUGCCCUCACCUGGCUCUCCUGCGGGAGCUUGUGCCUGCUGGGGUGCGUGGCAGGCUGCUGCUUCAUUCCCUUCUGCGUGGACGCCCUACAGGACGUGGACCACUACUGUCCCAACUGCAAAGCUCUCCUGGGGACCUACAAGCGCUUGUAGGACUCGGCCAGACCCGGAGGGAGCCGCGCGCCGCAGGGAGUGCUCUCCGACUCGUACCCAGUCCCGCCCCUGGUGGGGGUUCCACCUUGCCGGCCUCGUCUCCCCAGGGGCUUCACCUUCGUGUCUUCUUUUGGGGGCAAAAAAAUACAUCGCCAACGCACCCCACCUCCAGAACCCCAGACGUUGCUGCUUGGCGUCGUGCACAGGACACGCAAAGACGUUCACCUUGAGUGCUGGUUCAAGGGCCUCCCGCCUACCGUGACCCCAAGUCACCCCGUCCAACUGUGACCGUUGCCCCGUCCAAGUAUCUUCUGGUGAUUGGCCGGUGGCCGGCUGCCUCGGGGCCCUUUUCUUGCCUCGGGGGCCUUUCCGGGGGACAGUCUCAAACCGAGAAGCCGCACGUUGCCUUAUUUUUUGAGACCGUUCUGGCCCAGAUACCGAAUACAGCUGACCCAGCCUUUUGAGUGCUUGCCUUCAGGCUCAUCUGUGUCCCCCCGCCCCCACCGCCCCCCUUGUGGCGACAAAAAAUCUUGCCUUAUAAACUAAGGGCUUGGCUCUCAGAGUCUGUAACGGCGGGCUUUUCAUUAGCACACCGAUUCACUUUAAUUUCUUCAUUCCUUCUUAAGUGCAAGGAGGACCUACUCACACCCGCCAGACACAUGUCCGUGAGGUCAGAAAUGCAUGCUGAAAACGUAGGGCCGGAUCCACCCAUGGAUCUGGUUUCCCUCAGUUGCUUUCCAUGAAGGGCUUUUUUUUUAUUCUUGGAGAGGAAUUGUUUGUAUUAACCGCUCUUAUGACCCCCUUUUGGUCUUAAACACUUUGGGACCUCAUUUUGAAAGGAGGGAUUUAUAGAACCAUUUUUCUUAACCAUAUGACUGUCACCACGUUCCCAUUUGCCAGUGCACUUUCUCUCUUUUUUUGUUUUUGGUCCUUAACGGAAAAAGUAAUGGAUAAUUUCAUCCACUGCUUCUCCUUGGGUUUAGCGUGGUUCUUAAAAACCUCUAUAAUGGCGCUCUUAAAGAGGGACCCCAUUUGGGUUCCCAGUGGUUAGAAAGGCCAAGGAAGAGCAGUUUCAGCACAUCCCGGUACCGCGGUGCUGGAGAGCUUGGGGACCUGACUGUUGCAAGGGAAUCUAAAUUCUGAUUUUAUUUUUCAGAGAUACAGUUUGUUGUAGGACGUCGGAAGACAUGUUUCUGGGACUCAAUCGGCAAACCAGAGUCCUCGGUUGGCUGUUGUGUCAUCUUCGAAAUCAAGAUAAAGCUGGGGUCCGGCUUUCAAGAGUCCCCGUUUUGAUACUGAAUAUGCACAGGGCGUGCAUGUGAAUGAUAUGUAGAAAUCAAGCCUAGGGCUUGAACAAAAAUCUGUAUAUUGGCUGAAAAUCCUAGCUGUAACCAUUGAUUCAGCUUAUACAUUGGAUGUUCUGAAAGUAAUUAUUUUUGCAACGAUUUAUGGAUACUACAUAGUACUUUGGUGUUAUCUGCUUUUACAAAAUAAAGUCUUUGGUUUACUCGGUGAA